UUUUCUGUUUGUUAAUGUUGAUAUUUUUGUGAAAGUUUUUGGACAGUCUUUGAGUCAUAAUAACCAGAGAAGAAAAGUUUAAUCAAUUAUCAACUUUAAUUGGUGAAUUCAUUGAAUCUUUAAGAAAUUUAUAAGACAACUGCCUCCACCUGACAAUUGUUACCAUGGAUGGUUUAGAGUUUGUAGAUAACUCUACUCCAAUAAUAAUUGCCGAUAUUGGAGGUUAUUCCAUUAAAUAUGGACUGAAAGAUUCACCUGAAUCUCCCCAAGUGAUGCCGAAUUCAGUGUUCAAGGUUAAAAGUGAAAGGAGAAGAUUGUACAUUGGAAAUCAAUUAGAUGAAUGCAAAGAUUAUUCUGGUUUAUUUUACUUAUUACCUUUCAAUAAAGGUUUUCCAAUCAAUUGGGAUGUCCAGCGACAAGUAUUGGACCACGCUUUCUAUAAGAAUUUAAAAAUUGAAGGUUCAAAUAAAGAGAAAGUUUUCCUGUACACUGAACCAUAUUUCAACUUUCGACAGGUUCGGGAGACCAUGUUGGAGGUACUUUAUGAAGAAUAUGGAUUUGGAACAUUGGCCAAAAGUGUACCCGCUUUCCUUUCGAUGGCUAAACAUGUCCAACAAUUAGAUGAUGAUAAAUGUUGUCUUGUAGUUGAUUCGGGCUACUCAUUUACCCACAUUGUCCCAUUUAUUGGAGGUAAAAUUGUCAAAGGAGCAAUUAGGAGGAUUGAUGUUGGUGGAAAAGCUCUCACUAACCAUCUAAAAGAUAUUAUAUCUUAUCGACAACUUCAUGUUUUAGAUGAAACCUUUGUGAUUAACCAGUGUAAAGAGGAUUGUUGUUAUGUUUCAAAUCAAUUCACCGUUGAUCUUGAGAUUGCCAGAGAAAAACCUUCACCAAUUGCCAGAGAUUAUAUUUUACCUGAUUUCAUGACCAUCAAGAGAGGUUACAUUAGGGAUGAAAAUGAUUCAAUUAAUUCCGAUCUUCAAUGUAUUAGACUGAACAAUGAACGUUUCCAAGUUCCCGAGAUACUUUUCUAUCCUUCUGAUGUUGGUAUUGAUCAGAUUGGUAUUUCACAUUCGAUUGUCCAUUCAAUUGAAUCAUGUCCAGAAGAAUAUAGAUUUAGUUUGUACAGUAAUAUUGUUCUUGUUGGUGGAAACGCUUCACUUCAUGGAUUUAGGGACAGAAUCUAUGGUGAUGUCCGUUCAAUGGCUGACUCGUUUUAUGAUGUAAAUGUGACUCUAUCUGAAAAUCCAAUCAUUGAUCCUUGGUUAGGUGGUAAAUAUCUGGUUAACAAUUUACCAACCAUCAUGGAUAAUUUAUGUCUCACAAAGAAAGAAUAUGACGAAAUUGGACCACUCAACAGUAUUGGAAGAAUGGAAUUACCAGUUUUCAAUUUAUCUUCUGAAUCUUCAGCUCCCAAUUCUGAUGAUGAAAAUUUGUGAAGAAAAUUAUGAAUUAAGAAUUAAUUGAUUGGUUUGAAAAGCGAAAUUGCAACAAAAACAAUCAGACGACAACAAAAUGGUCACAUAACUAUUAAGUCGCCAAAGAAUAAGCAACAAGAAUCAGAAUUAGCUUAUUCUCCUGGUGAUCAUUUGGGUAUUUUUCCAGAAAAUUCACCAACCCUGGUUAAAGGGAUUCGAUCACGUUUGAAUAAUAUUGACUUUACCACAGUCUAUCAAAUUAUGGUUCGUAAAUCGGGCGAUGAUAAUUCCAGUGGUUCCAAUGAUGAAUAAGCUCCACAACAAUUAUUAACCUCUUUUUGUAAGGACAAUGGUCAGAAAAGUUUAAUGGAGAAACUGGCAAAUGAUAGUGAACGUUAUGAGGAAUGGAAAGCUCAUCAAUAUCCAAAUUUAUCGGAACUUUUAACUCAAUUUGAUUCACUUGAUCCUUCACCGGAAAUCAUCCUAACUCAACUAUUUAAUUAUAAAAUCAAUUAUCUUUCAAAAGUAUUAUCAAUAAUAUACUCAGUUUUAUUAUCCGAAAAAGAUAUUACUGAAAUGUGAACAUUCAUAUUAAUAAUCUAAUGAAUGAAGAUAAUGAUGCUUAUUUUAAUGUGAGACAAUUUAA